ACAAACACGGAAGACGGCCGCAGCGGAAUCGAGAUCGAGAUAGCAUCUCGGAGCCGAAGAUGAGAUGGGCUCACUCUCGAAUCCCCCCGAUCCGUCCUUUACCGCGGCGGAGGAAGACGUCGAGUCAUCGGUGCCGCCGCCGGUGGCAAGUCCUGGCUCAUUAUCAAUGUAGGAUUACUGGAUUAUAAGGUUGAUCUAAACCACUAUUGUCAAUCACCCAAACAUUUGGACAAGGAGAAUUUAUCCUCUAUUGAAGAAGACAGUUUGGACAUGUCAACUUUUUCUAAAUUGGGAACAACACAGAAGAGGAGCAAAAAGGAUAAUGGUGUUAACUUGAGGAAAAGCUUAGCUUGGAACCCAGCAUUUUUCACUGAAGAAGGUGUGCUCAAUCCAUUGGAGCUGUGUGUCCUUAGUGGAUCUUCCUUGAGGUCGAAGGAGAAGGUUCUUUCUGUGGUCAAUGGACAGAUGUCACCACUACUAGGAGGACUCCAUGAUAGAACUCCCGUCAAUGCUGUUGACCACCAGAAGUUCUAUGGCAAAAUGGAUGCACUUUCUGCAAGCAAAAACAACAUACAAUUUAAAGCAGAGAAUCUACAUAGCAAGUUAAAUGGUUCAAUUUGGGAAGAACUGCAAGAGGUAAAGGUUAUUGUUUUUCAAGAUAUAAGUUGCAUUUCGUUCCUAAUACUGUGAGGGUUCAACUCCCUCUAAGCCAUUAUAUUUGCAACUGUUGGUGCAAUAUCCCUCAGGUCAAGGUUGACCUGGGUAACCAAGCUGAGUCUUGGUUUGGGUUUAGAUGUUUGACAAUAAGAUAUUGAUUGAAGAAGAGUCAAG